UAGCUGUCACUGUCAGCGUCAAAAGAGGGCAUGGAUGGAUUAGUUUUAUAAUGUGAAAACUCGAAACAUUUAAUUUAAAUGAAACUUGCUUCUUUAUUUAUAAUAAACCUGUAAUAAAGGAAAUAUGGCGAUCGCGGAUUAUAUCGCGUCAUUGUCACAAAAUCCAUAUUUUGGUGCUGGAUUUGGUUUGUUUGGUAUCGGCGCCGGUGCAGCGUUACUACGAAGAGGUGUGCAGACGUCUAUGAUACUGUUUCGGAGGCAUUGUAUGAUCACACUUGAAGUCCCGUGUAGAGACAAGUCCUACCAGUGGUUGUUGCAAUGGAUAACCCACAAGGGUGCUAGACAGACUCAACACUUGAGUGUAGAAACGUCUUUCCAACAAAAAGACACUGGCCAAAUAAAAACCAAAUACGAUUUUAUUCCUAGCGUUGGUCAACAUUUCUUUAGGUAUGGUGGCACAUGGAUAAAAGUUGACCGUACCAGAGAACAGCACACAUUAGAUCUCCAUAUGGGAGUGCCAUGGGAAACAGUUACCUUAACAGCAUUUGGAAGAAAUAAGGAAUUAUAUUACAACAUCUUAGAAGAAGCAAGAACAAUGGCUCUAAAACAGCAUGAAGGUAUGAUAGUUAUGUACACAGCCAUGGGCUCUGAAUGGCGUCCAUUUGGACAUCCUAGAAGAAGACGCCCACUUCACAGCGUAGUGCUACGGGCUGGCUUGGCAGAUAAAAUUCUAAAUGACUGUUUGGACUUCAUCAACAACCCAAAUUGGUAUACUGACAGAGGAAUACCAUAUAGAAGAGGUUACUUGCUGUAUGGUCCACCUGGAUGUGGGAAAUCAUCAUACAUUAUGGCUUUAGCAGGAGAAUUGGAAUAUAAUAUUUGUGUACUUAAUUUGUCUGAAAGAGGACUCACUGAUGACAGGCUAAACCAUCUUUUGAGUGUUGCACCACAGCAGUCAAUAAUAUUAUUAGAGGAUGUUGAUGCUGCCUUUGUUUCUCGAGAAGAUACCACUGCACAAAAGUCCGCAUAUGAAGGUCUCAAUCGUGUAACAUUUAGUGGACUUCUCAAUUGUCUUGAUGGUGUUGCCUCUACUGAAGCCAGAAUAGUGUUCAUGACUACAAAUUAUUUAGAGAGACUGGAUCCUGCUUUGAUUAGACCAGGCAGAGUUGAUAUGAAGGAGUUUGUAGGCUAUUGUGAUCAAGACCAAAUAGAGCUGAUGUUUUUAAGAUUUUAUAAAGGAGAAGAAGCACCAGAACACGCAAAAACUUUUGCAAGAAAGGUAUUGGAGCAUAAGAAAGUGGUGAGCCCUGCCCAAAUUCAAGGAUACUUUAUGUUCCACAAGCAUUCACCACCACAAGACGUUUUGUUAGACGUUCCAUCCAUUUGGACACUGGGAUAAAAAAUAAACUUUAAUAAAGAAAUUAGACUUAGGCAAUAAGAUCCUAAAAA